CUAAGGGAAAAUUGGAAGAAUUUAUUCAGAAACAUAUUUGAAACGGUAUAAAAUGCAUUACUUUUUAUGGAUAAUAUUAACUCGAACAUUAUUAAUAUAGAAUUUAAAUGAUAUUCCUUAAUUCAAAAUACCGCCUAAAGUCACAGUGAUUAAUAGUCCAAUUUAUUCGAGUUGGCACAAGGUAAUUGGCAGUAGGUCAAUUGUAGUUGGUAACACCUGGUAACGUUUCUUACGGAUUUAUUCGAAUUCUUUCUUCUAAAGAAAAAAACGUAGUUUUGCACGAAGUUCAUCGAGUAUUGUCGUACGUAUAUUUAUUCUACUUGUUCUACUGCUCCCCAUUAACAUUUACUAUUGAUAAUAAACUAACAGAGUCAUGGAAAUUUCUCCAAGAAAACCAUUUAAAAGAUCUUCAGAACCUGUAGAUGAGUGGUUGCAGGAAGAGGGCUUCUUUAGGAAGCAUGGACCCAGAGAACCCACUUGUCUGUUUCGUGCAGUCAGCGAACAGAUUUAUCUUACACAGCAUUUUCAUGUUCGAGUUCGAAGAGAAUGUGUAGAAUUUAUGAAGCGUAAUAAGCACCUGUUAGAGGGGAAUAUAACUAUAUCCAGUGAAAACUAUUUGGAACAAAUGGCAUGUAUCACUAAAUGGGGUGGUCCAUUAGAGAUUCAGGCAAUGUCACUUCUUUAUGGCAGAGAAUUUGUCAUAUUCAGUGGGCAGAGUCUAACACGUUGCAUUGUUACUGAUAAUGGGUUUGACAAGAUGAUUCUUCUCUGCCAUACCAUGCAAAAGCAUUACGAAAGUGUUUAUCCUCGAGAUUUUAUCUCUGUUGCUGCUUAUUGCCAGUCUCUUGUUUAUCAGACUUUGUACAGAAAUGUAUUCAAGAUGACGAAUGUGGAUAACACAGUAGAUCUGAUGCUUCAUGACAAAAGAAAUAAUUUCAGACAUGAGAAGUUCUUUCUUAAAGAAAAUAUGGAUAAUAGAGAGCAACUGGCUUUAGAAUUAUUUAAUAAACUAGAAGAUUGUUCCGAGGGGACCGAAGAGAUACAGACAAUUUACAAGGGUAUCACGCCAUUUCCAUACAGAGUAGCCAAAGCAUUAGAUCCUAAUAUCUAUCGUAACACGGAUUUUGAUAUUUGGCAUGAAGUCAAACGAGAGGUAAGAAACGGCGGGUGGACCAGGUACAAUAGUAGCGAGCUUCAGGUUGGAGGAAAAUGCCUGGUACAAAUGGACUUAAACGAAGAAAAACUCGACAAGGAUAAUGGAAAUUCCGUGUAUAUUGAAAAGGACAGCAAUGGUAAUCUGAACGAGAGAGUCAUUCUAAAAACAGGAAGGCGCGAUCCACUCUGCUACAAUGGACACAUCCAGGAGAUGAGUAAAAACGAGGGACCAGUGGUGGUCUUCAUCGAGGAGCUUGGCGAAAAGAGGACAGUGCCUUAUUCAGCCCUAAAACCAUCGUCACCACGUAAGACAACGAACAAGCAACCUGGAUGGGGUAUAACGACUCCGAAAAAAAACGUCCUAUCCGAUGUCAAUACUAAGUGGUGGAAAAAGAGUUGGAAUUUGAAUUCAAGAAAAAUUAAAGAACUACCGGUUAACGGCGACUCUCAAUCUAAUAAUAACGACGAUCGGAAUAACAACAAUCAAAUCAGCAAUAACAAAGGUAACGGCGAGGAUGCUACUCAGUGGGACGACGGUUCCAGUGAUUUUAAUAGACAUUGGGAGAAAGGUCAUUCAACGAUGCUCUUUGAGUCUUAUGGUAUAGACAGAUUCACCUCUUAUCAAGGAUAUCACGCAGAAAAUUCAGUGGAUGCCAUGCCAGUGACCAUGAACAACACUCAACCGGCAUUGGUCGAACAACAACAACAACAACAAAAGGAAAGUAACGAGAGUAGCGAAAAGACUUCGAAGACUGACACCAAUGAUAAUGAGAAAAUCGUUUCUGGAAGUUCUGCGCUUAUAAUAGCAAAUGAGAAUGGAUCAGAACCAUCGCCAGUCUGCAAUUCUCAUCCCCAGGGCGAAACUUAUUAUCCACCUCAAUCAAAUAUACCACCGUUCUUUCCAGGCACUCCGAAUAUGUAUUAUCCACCACCGGAUGGAAAUGCUUAUUCACAGUUUCAUUAUUUUGUCGGUAAUUCAAAUGAUCAACUUAUCCCUGGCGAUGAGAUGGAUCGUGUUCUUAGAUCAAUCAAUCUUAGCGCUCCAAAGAGUGUCGACGUAAAUGGAAGCGAUUUACCAUUUGCAGAUAUGCUUACGCUAAGAUUCUUUUAUAAUCUGGGACUAGAGUAUUUUCGAGCGGGUAACUUGUGGAGUUGCCACCCAGUUCCGGUAC